CGUGAGGUCGAAAAAAUAUCGUCGAGGUGACUCUUUCGCGACAGCGAGCCUUCCGAGAUCGCUGAAUUUUCCCAUUUCGAGUGCCAAACUCUGUCUUUCUAAACAAGGUCUUCUCACGACCUCGUUCUUUGUUUAUUUCAGGUUGUCAAGAUCCUUGACAGCCAAUUCUGUCCAACAUGUCCUUCUCAAUCAAGGUGCCGUGUUCUUCGGCUAACAUUGGCCCCGGCUUUGAUGUCAUCGGUCUUGCACUUUCCGUUUGGCUCGAAGUCCGCGUUACUGUCGACUCUUCCAAGAAGUCUUCAGAGCACCAGUCUAACUGCAAGAUCACCUACGAGGGUCUCGGCAAAGAGAAUGUGGAUCUCGUCGCCGACCGCAACCUGAUCACUCAGACUGCUCUUUACGUUUUGCGAUGCCACGACCAACAUGCUUUCCCUUCAGAGACCCAUGUUCACAUCAUUAACCCCAUUCCCCUCGGUCGUGGUCUUGGUUCUUCUGGAGCUGCUGUUGUCGCUGGUGUUAUGCUUGGUAGCGAAGUUGGCGGCCUCAACCUUUCCAAGGACCGCAUGCUCGACUUCUGCUUGAUGAUCGAGAGACAUCCCGACAACGUUGCCGCUGCUUUGUUCGGUGGCUUCGUUGGCUCAUACCUCAAGGAUCUGGAUCCGGAGGACAUGAAGCGCAAGGAGAUCCCUCUGAGUGAGGUUCUCCCUGCCCCUGCUGGUGGUGUCGACACUGGACUUACUCCCCCCAUCCCUCCGAUCAACAUUGGCAAGCACAUCAAGUUCAACUGGGCUCCCGAAAUCAAGUGUAUUGCCAUUAUCCCCGACUUCGAGGUUUCUACCGCAAAGGCCCGCUCAGUCCUCCCCACUGAAUAUCCCAAGGCCGACGUCAUCUCCAACCUGCAGAGAAUCGCUCUUCUGACCACUGCACUCGGUCAGAGCCCCCCUAACGCUGACAUGAUCUACGAUGGUAUGCAGGACAAGAUUCACCAGCCUUACAGAAAGACUCUUAUCCCUGGCUUGACCGAAAUUCUCAAGUCCGUCACUCCCACAUCUCAACCUGGUCUUCUUGGUAUCUGCUUGUCCGGAGCUGGCCCUACUAUUCUGGCUCUGGCCACCCACAACUUCGAGCAGAUCGCAAACCACCUCAUCGGCGAGUUCAAGAAGGAGAACAUCAACUGCGAAUGGAAGCUUUUGGAACCCGCUUACGAUGGUGCUGUUUGCACUAGAGAAGUCGAGAAGCCCAAGGCCAUGACUUACGCUGAUGCUGGUGUUUCAAUUGAUGCCGGAAACGAUCUGGUCGUUGCCAUCAAAAAGGCUGUCAAGUCUACCCGCAGACCUGGUGCCGACGCCGAGAUUGGUGGCUUUGGUGGUGCGCUUGACCUCCAAGCUGCCGGCUACGAUGAGGCUCCUAUCAUGAUUCAGGCCAUCGACGGUAUCGGCACCAAGCUGAAGGUCGCAUUUGCCAUGGACAAGUUCGACACUGUCGGUAUCGAUCUCGUUGCCAUGAACGUCAAUGAUUUGGUUGUGCAAGGUGCCGAGCCUUUGACUUUCCUGGACUACUACGCUUGCAGCAAGCUGGAGAUCAAGGAGGCUGUCUCUUUCAUCGAGGGUGUCGCAGCCGGCUGCCGUGAGUCAGGCUGUGCGCUCGUUGGUGGAGAGACUGCUGAGAUGCCUGGCAUGUACCAGGGCAAUGAGUUUGACGCUGGUGGUUGCGCCACUGGUGCUCUCAAACGUGGUCGCACAAUUCUACCUGAUAUGGCAUCCAUGGUUGAGGGUGAUAUCCUUCUGGGUCUCGCCAGUGAUGGCGUGCACUCCAACGGUUUCUCUCUUGUCAGAAAGGUCGUCGAGUCCAAGGGACUCUCAUACCAUGACAAGGCACCCUGGGCACCCAACACUUCUAUUGGUGCUAGCUUGUUGACCCCCACUCGUAUCUACGUUAAGCCCCUUCUUAAGGCCGUCGAGAAGGACCUGCUCAAGGGUAUGGCACACAUCACUGGUGGUGGUCUGUACGACAACAUCCCCAGAAUGCUGCCCAAGACUCUAGCAGCUGAGGUUGAUGUCUCAGCGUGGACCGUGCCCCCGGUUCUUAAAUGGCUCAAGGAGGCCGGUAACGUCGAGUCCCGCGAAUUCGCUCGCACUUGGAACACCGGUCUUGGCAUGGUCAUCGUCGUGAGCAAGGAGAACGCCGAUGAGGCACAGAAGGUUCUCGAGGAGGCCGGCGAGAGAGUGUCCGUUAUCGGCAAGCUCUUCACCAGAGGCGAGGAUGAGGUCGUUCUCAAGAACCUCGAAUCUUGGAACUAAGUGUACAUUUCCAAAAGGGUAACGAAAUAUAGCAGAUGAUUUUCGCAUGAGGUCGAGGAAGGCGACCAAUGCAACGAUAAGGCGUUUACAAAAAUCAAGGGUUGGUUGAGGAAGGAAUAGAUAUGGCAAUUGUGAAUUUACUACGUCUUGAACAUCGGUUUCGUGUUUUCAUUCUGAAAUCUCCAUCGUCUCGAUGAACCCUGCUACCUGUUUGUUGUCAAAGUAACCAAGUCAGGGUCC